UAUGAUCCUGCCUUCUGGCUUAUCCCUGCGGACAUGGGCUCUGAUGGCAACUUUUAUAUUCCCUACUGUUCUGAGAGCAUCACCCUCUCGCUCCAGCAAGCGUCCAGAUCUACCAUCUCAUGUGGUAAACAUCAGCUUCACACGCAGCGCCUACUACGCCACUAUUCCUGAAAACUCACUAGGCAAGACCUAUGUUACUGCGGACGAGAAGAUGGGGAUGUACCUUCCGUCCACAAGUGGUGAACUACAAUACAAGAUAGUGUCGGGGGAUAGUGACAAAAUAUUUAAAGCCGAGGAGAGAACUGUCGGCAACUUCUUGUUUUUACUAAUAAGGACUAGGACGGGAAACGGCGUUGUGUUGAAUCGUGAGCGUAAAAAUAGUUUUGUAUUAGAAGUUAAGGCGACUUUGUCAGUAGGAAGUCAAGUAGUAGAAAAUAGUACAAUUGUAACGAUUAAUGUGAGUGAUAGAAACGAUCUGGGGCCUUUGUUUUAUCAAACUUCAUAUCAUGUAGCUGUAGCGGAGGACGUACGAGUACAUACUAGUAUUAUCAGAAUCCGAGCUGAGGACGCGGAUCUAGGUAAGAGUGGGGAGAUCUAUUACAGGUUUAAAGACUCCAGUAGUAACUUUGCGAUACAUCCUAUAACAGGGGUGGUUACCCUGACCAGGCGUUUGAGAUAUUCGGAACGACGAUCUUACGAUUUAACUAUCCUUGCUCAAGAUCGUGGGGACAGCCUUCACGUCAACCCUCCCAGUGUGGCCAAACUCACCAUUACGGUGAUACAGGUCAAUCUGAAUAGCCCAGAAAUAUUUUUAAACUACCCAUCCAACUUUUAUGAGACCUCAGACACGAAUAUUUACGCCAUUGUUACUGUUGUAGAUAAAGAUACAGGUAGGAGCGGAGAAAUAGACAGGCUAGAAAUAGUUGACGGUGACAGCAACAGCCAUUUUCGAGUCAGGCGUGUUCAGACCUCCAAUCAUAACACAUCUGAAUUUAAUAUAGUGACAUAUAAAAUAUUGAAUAGAGAAAGGUACAAGAAACAUUACAAUUUAACAUUGAGAGCAGUUGACAAGGGAAUCCCACCCAGACAAACUCACCAUUCAAUAAAUAUUCUCAUUGAACCUGGUUCACAGAAAUACCCCAUAUUUGAAAAAGAAGUUUUUGAAAUCGACAUUCUUGAGAGCUCCCCUAUAAACUCACCCAUAAUAAGGCUUAAAAUGGUAGAUAACGAACAAUUAUUUCGUAAUGAAGUACAUCUGGAAAUUGUUGGAGGUAACGAAGGUGGGGUAUUCACGAUCAAUCCACAGACAGGGAUGUUAUACACAGCGACAAAUUUAGAUGCCGAAGUAAAAAACUUAUACAUCUUAACGGUAUCUGCUUUAGAACAAGGAAAAUUUGGCCACAUUAUGCAAUCAUCAGCAAAAGUUAAGAUAAACGUAGUUGAUAUUAACGACAAUGACCCUAUAUUUGAAAUUCAAUCGAUGGAGGUAUCAGUGACUGAGAAUGAGCCACCUGGUACCUCGAUAGCUAGGGUAGUUGCCAAAGAUGUUGACUCUGGAGAGAAUGGAUAUAUUUCUUACAGUAUUGCUAAUUUAAAUCCGGUUUCUUUUGAGAUCGAUCACUUUACAGGUGUUAUAAGGACUAUUGAAACAUUAGAUUAUGAAACGAUGCGGAGAGAGUCUCUAUUAUACGUAAGAGCAUCGGAUUGGGGAUUACCUUUUAGAAGAGAGACGGAGAUGGAGCUCAAGAUAAAGCUACGUGAUAUCAAUGACAACAGGCCGCGAUUUGAGCGAGUCAAUUGUUCCGGCUCGCUGUCCCGAUUCGCUCCUCUUGGAUCGGAAAUAAUGUCAUUAGCUGCAAUUGAUUUUGAUUCCGGUAAUAUCAUCAGCUACCGAAUUGUUUCAAAAAACACAGAAGGUUGUUUCAAUCUAGAUUUAACCUCUGGAAUUCUUUCUGUCGCUUGUGACUUGAGGUAUGAAAACUUUACCGAACGUACCAUAAAUACCACUGCAAGUGAUGGAAUACACUUCGCCGAAAUAAAUCCCAUUCAUAUAAAACUUAUAAACGAAAUGCCUUCUAGUGGUCCUCACUACGAUGCUGACAAUUUUGUCUGUAAUGAAACCGGUGUAGCAAAGCAGCUUAAAAAUAUAUUAGCAGCGGCAGCAAAAAGUAACAUGGCUAGAUCACCUGACGACAAAGACAUAUCAAUAAUGCCUAAGAGAUAUGGUGAGAAUGUUCACGCACCUGAAAUACUAAAUUUACCAGCGAUUGUUCAAAUUAAUGAAUCUGUCCCUUUAGGCAGUAAACUCCUGCAAAUACAAGCGAAAGAUAGAGAUCUAGGAUACAAUGGGAAGCUGGUGUAUGGAGUUUCUUCUGGGGACAAAGACUCACUCUUCAGACUUGAUCCGGAAUCUGGAAUUUUAAAAACAAUCGGCCAUUUAGAUUAUGAAAAAGAAAAGGAGUACAGUCUCAACAUUACAGUAUUUGAUCUAGGUCAUCCACAAAAGUCAUCCACCAGUUAUCUUACAGUAGUUAUAAUGGAUAACAACGAUAAUGCUCCAAUAUUUCAACAGCCCAUGGCCAGUUUAAAGAUAAAUGAAAAUACUCCUAAUGGGACAGCAAUAUUCAAGUCCAUAGCAACUGACCUCGACUCUUCAGAAAACGCUCAAAUUGCCUACUCCUUAAUGACCGAUACUGACGUAUUUAUUGUACACCCAACCACAGGUGUACUGUAUAUAAACAGUCCUCCGGAUCGAGAAAAGAUGGAUAAGUACGAAAUACGAAUUCGAGCCUCAGAUCACGGUAUCAACAAGAAUACAAUUGAAACUUUACACGCCGAAUCUGUAGUUCUCAUUCAUAUAGAGGACGUGAACGAUAACUCCCCUAGAUUUUUAAAAAAUUCUUUGACUGUAAAUGUCAAAGAAGAUAUGCCUGUGGGAUGUGUUAUUGCUAUUAUAGAGGCAACAGAUGAGGAUCUGGGUGUGAAAGGUGAGGUUAUUUACUCGACAACUAGCAACCAAAGUUUUGCUGUCGACCACCUGAGUGGAGUAAUGCGGCUCACUAAGAGUUUAGACUACGAGGAGAAGCACGACUAUGAAGUAAAAGUGACGGCGUGUGAUCGCGGUUCCCCGGUUUUGUGUGCGAGUGCGGUGGUGAAGGUCAAUGUGGUCGACGUCAACGAGAACGUACACGCUCCACAGUUCGAUGACAUGAUGGUGCGUGCAUCUGUGAUCGAAAACCAACCUCCGGGAGUGAUCGUUACCGUUGUUAAUGCUACUGAUGAUGACCCGCCCGGUGAAGAUUCCAGAAUAAGUUAUCACAUCAUAGGUGGAGAUGGGGUAGGCUACUUCUCCAUUGAUGAUAAUGGAGUAAUUAGAACGAUCUCCACGCUAGACGCAGAGUCUGAGAGCCACUUCUGGUUGACUGUGUUUGCACAGGAUCAUGGGAUGGUGCCACUUCGAGCACGCCUUGAGGUAUAUGUCUCAGUAACAAAUUUAAACGACAACAUACCUCUGACUACGGAGCCUGUGUAUUACCCCCACGUCCAGGAAAAUUCGCCAGCUGGAACUUCCAUCCUACAGAUCACCGCAGAAGAUGCUGACCUUGACCCUAAUCAGAGGAUAACUUUCAACAUCACGGCCGGCAACGUAGAAGGAUUUUUCGAUAUUGACUCUAAAACAGGAAUUCUGUCUACAACGAGAAAUAAAAUCGACAGGGAAUACCAGGCAGAACAUGACAUUGAGAUAACGGUCUGUGACAACGGCAAUCCUCCUCUCUCGUCUACCACCAGAGUUGUAGUUAUUGUAGAUGACGUGAACGACAACCCACCGCAGUUUGAGCAAUCCUUCUACCAUGUGGCACUACCACAAAACACCCGUCACAAACAGUCAGUGUUCCAGGUUUUAGCUACAGACAAAGACACAGGAAAGAACGCAGACAUAGAGUACAGCAUCAAGGCUGGCCGUGGCAAGGGGCGUUUCAACAUCCACCCAGAGAAAGGAGUGAUAUAUUCUCAUAAAAUGUUCUCGGCAGGUCAAGAAUUUGACUUGGUGGUGAAAGCUACUGACCACGGAUUUCCUAACAAAAGCUCCACGGCUCGAAUCGCUAUCCACGUUGUUGCUGUGCCCGACGCUAAAACCCCGCCGUUCAUCAAACUGAAGCAACAGAAGGUGGAAGUGACAGAGGCAGACCCUGUGGGCUUCCUUGUGGCUCUGAUCCAAGCUACAGAUGAGAACGACUAUCUAUGGUUUAAGAUUGUGGAAGGUGAUCCACAAGGUGAUUUUUUGAUGGGAGGAGAUCCAGGCAGUGUGUUACUCGCCAAUCAGUUGGAUUGUGAGCUUCGACCCGAGUAUAAUCUGACUAUUGCCGUAACCAAUGGUCUCCACACGUCCUUCACUCAGCUUCAAGUAAACGUCUUGGACAUCAAUGAGCACCGACCUCAGUUCAGCCUUCAGGAGUACAUCGUAAACGUGUCGGAAAGUGUGACGGUCGGCCAUCCUGUCGUAAACAUAGAGGCUGGAGACGCGGAUCUCGGAGACGAGGUGGUGUACGAUCUCCACAACGCCCAGAACCCGGGUUCUCUAUCACUGUUCCACAUGGACCACGAGACGGGUGUUCUUACUGUCACCGGUCCUCUGGAUAGGGAGAACUCUGCAGAACAUGUGCUGACAAUAGUAGUGAAGGACCAAGGAACCCCAACGAAAAGGAACUUUGCUCGCCUUACAAUCCUCGUUGACGACGCCAACAACCACGCUCCAGAAUGGAGCCACAGGCUGAUACAAGGAUAUGUCCUGGAGACUGCGGAACCCGGGACCACGGUCAUUACCCUCUUAGCCACCGACAAGGAUCAUGGGGACAAUGCUGUGAUCCAUUACACUUUGUUAUCAGGCAAUAUAGGCAAUACAUUUGAUCUGCACCCGAGUCUAGGAACGCUUUCUCUAGCCGGCUCUGUUGACGGGGCUCGGCUAAGUGAAUACAUGCUAACAGUCCAAGCCACAGACUCCGGCAAUCCUCCACUCUCCACCACUGUACCUGUCCACAUUCUCGUCAUCAUUACCGACGAAACAGUGCCAAGAUUCGCUCAGCGUUCCUUUACAGUGCAAAUAUACGAGAACGAACACGCAGGAACACUUGUGGAGCACCUAGAUGUUAGAGCGUCUUCAUCGUUGUUUUUUGAAAUUACAUCUGGAAACGAGAAAAGUGCCUUUACCAUCAACCCCAGCACUGGGUCUGUGACUACCAUCGAACCUUUGGACAGAGAGGAUAUAGACUUUUAUAACUUGACCAUUACUGCUACUAACUCUGCAGGUGCAAAAGCAGUGUGUAAUUUACUCGUGAAUGUGUUGGACAAAAAUGACAACGCCCCUCAACUGUUAGUAAGCAGUUACGUUGGUUACGUCCUGGAAGAUGUGCCCGUGGGAUCCCUGAUUCAAGGAAACGACAGCAAUCCCCUGGUAGUAUACGCUACUGACGCUGACUCUCAAGCCAACGCUUUACUUAGAUUCAAGAUUUUAGAGCCUUCAUCAGACAGAAUGUUUUACAUCGAUGGAUUUACAGGCACAAUCAGGACCAAGACACGACUGGACUACGAGUCCAUUGUAAGUGUGAGUUUCACAGUCCGUGUGGUGGACCUAGGGGAGCCUCAGCUCACCAGUGACGUCACGGCUAGGGUCUUCAUCAACAUCCUGGACGUCAAUGACUGCAUGCCUCACUUCUUAUAUGCAGAGUAUAACCUGUCCAUGAUCGUGCCACUGUAUCCUAACGCCCGUAUCAUCCAGGUAGAAGCGAGUGACGAGGACACCCCAGCAGUAACUAACCUGCGCUACAUGAUCCUCACAGGCAACAAAGAGAACUGGUUCCACCUAGAGCCAGAGUCCGGCCUGUUGUCUGUCAACGGCCUGUUGCAGACUAAGCAUGAGACCAGCCACUCCCUCAGGGUCGCGGUGUCAGACGGUCGAUACUCGGCGCAGACGCAUGUGCGAAUCAAGUGGCAGGACACCAGUACCUCUCAGCUUUCGUUCCAACACUCAGUAUAUCAAGGCUAUGUGACGGAAAACUCCACAAAACCUGUGGUUGUAACAGUAGUCAGCAUCCUCGGCGGUUCCCUCAAUCAGGACAUCCGGUUCUUGGUGGCCAAUCCGUCUCCACUGUUCCAGAUCGGCACGACGUCAGGAGCUCUAAUUACGACCGGAAUUCCUUUUGACCGAGAAGAGCAAGAUCACUACAUAAUCUAUGUCCAGGCAGAAUAUGAAGAUAUGUCCGCGACUAGACGCCUGACGCAGACACUGGUCAACAUUACGGUGGUGGAUGUCAAUGACAACUGUCCUUUGUUUAUGAACACUCCGUACUUCGCAGCUGUCACUGUAGACGCACAGAAACAUAUCCCUUUUAUCAAGGUAACUGCUGUCGACCUGGACGAGGGAGAUAAUGGUGAGGUCAGAUACGAAUUGACACGGGGUCACGGGGAGCUGUUCAAGGUUGACCGCAAAACCGGAGAUAUCAGCUUGAAACAAGCUCUGCCGACCUCAGCAGAGUCAUAUAUCAUAAUUAUUACAGCGUAUGACGGCGGGAUAACUCCAUGUUCCACAGAAGUGUCCUUGACAGUGAGAGUACUCGAGGAGUCAGCCCCUAAGUUCGACCGUUCCCUGUACACUGUGACAGUGCCUGAGAACUUGCCUCCACACUCACUCCUACCACUUCUACUCUCGGCUGAAGCACCGUUUAGCCACUCUAUCGUCUACAGUAUACCAGACAUAGCUGACCGCAUCUUUUCCGUUGAUGUCACGGCAGGUGCACUCUUCACGGAGGAGAGGCUAGACUACGAGACAGCGCCCCUGUUAGAGGCUACAGUGCGAGCUACGGACAGCCAGACUGGUGAGAUCGCCGAGGUGGUAGUGACUGUCCUGCUCACUGACGUCAACGACAACCCUCCCAGGUUUCCUCAGACGCACUACAACAUAACCCUGUCAGAGUCAACGCCAGUCGGUGGCCGUAUAGGGGUGAUUCAGGCGGAUGACAUUGAUACCGGGGUGAAUGGCCUCGUACAGUAUUCGAUAUCACCGCAGCACGGCGCUGUCAGAGUUGAUUCCAGUGAUGGGUCGCUGUAUCUCCAGCAGCCACUGGACCGAGAACUCAAUUCCACGUUCCACUUGGUCCUUAUGGCAUCGGACAGCGGCUUGCCUAAACUGUAUUCUUACGCUGAUGUAUGGCUGUAUGUAUUGGAUGUUAAUGAUAAUCCACCCAAAUUUGAAAGACCUACGUACAACUGUAAGCUAUCUGAGGAAGCUAAAAGUGGACAAAUGGUGACAUUAGUGCACGCUAAUGACCCCGAUCUCGAUCCUCUGAGAUAUUUCAUAGUCGCAGGCAAUGAUCUUCAGAUAUUCCGCAUCGAUCCAAAAUCAGGAAUUAUUACUAUAUUCAACAUAGUUCGCCUGGCCCAACCUGAGCCCCAUGUUUUGAACGUUUCUGUCAGCGACGGGGUUCACACGAGCUUCUGUACGGUCUCGGUCCAUGUAUUAUUGGUUAAUCGACACACGCCCCACUUCUCGACCAAUCAACACGAGGCAAGCGUAGAGGAAGGCAAACCGGCUGGCACCUACGUCACAACAGUGUCGGCGAGAGAUGAUGAUGUCGGCUCACAUGGCAAAAUCACUUAUACCAUUCCUUCAGAGUUCAUGAGAUCAAUGUUCAGCGCAGAUGCAGAGACCGGUAGAAUAGUUACGGAGCAGCAGUUGGACCGCGAAAGAGUUAAUAUGCUGGAGUUGCCUAUCUUAGCAACAGACGGCGCGGGCCGCUCCGAUUUCUCCACUGUCAGAGUCACUGUCACAGAUGUCAACGAUAACGCCCCGGAAUUCCACUUUCCCGAAUACCACACGUGUAUUUCCGCAAACCUUACUGUCGACUCCGUAUUUCUCAAGGUCAAAGCAAGUGAUAGAGACACAGGGCCUGCGGCAUUGGUUGAGUAUUCAAUAUACAAUUUACAAUCCAAACGAGUGAAACAUCUGUUUGGCAUCAAUCCGCAGACAGGAUCCAUCGUGUUACUUCAGGCAGCUGCACAGUACGAGGGGCAACAUUUCCAGUUCUUUGUGCGUGCUGCUGAUAACGGUAUUCCUCCUCUAUUCUCUGAUGCGGCUGUUCAUGUUUACAUCCUGAAGCGAGGGGACGUCCCACCCAAUUUCCAUCGUCGAGAUCAGCACGUUUUUGUUUCUGAAGAUGCCUCUCCAGGCACUGUGGUGACCCAGGUGAAGUUAGUAGUUCCGGUAAUAGUUGAGUACAGGUUGCUCUCCGAAACAUCCCAAUUCUCAAUAGAUACAGAAGGAGUGAUUAAAUUAACCUCUAGUCUGGAUAGAGAGGUUAUACCUUCCUACACAUUGGGAGUGCUCGCGCUGAAACCACCCAUGUCCGGAUUCACAGAAGUCUAUGUCAGCGUUGUGGAUGUUAACGAUUGCCCUCCUAAGUUCCACAGUAGCUCUUACAGUGUUAAUACCGCUGAGAAUGUUCCCGAGGGUACUUCAAUUGUCAGAGUGGUAGCAGAUGACCAGGACGAGGGUGGUAAUGGGGAGGUACGCUAUUCCAUCAACAGUAGCGUGUUUACCGUAGACCCAUACUCUGGCUGGAUAUCUACUGUGUCUGCACUAGACAGGGAGACAACGCCCAGACAUUCGGUUCUUCUUACUGCCUUCGACAACGGAGAUCCAGCCCUCUCCGCCACCGCCACUCUCAACGUUAACAUCUUAGAUUACAACGACAGCCCACCAGCCUUUUCAGAUAGGACGUAUGUUGUUUCAGUGAAAGAAGACGCUCUUGUGGGGGCAGCCAUCCUGCAGUUGACAGUAGUGGAUCCCGACAGCGGGGGUCUCGACUAUUACAUAACUGAGGGGGACAAGAACUCACAAUUUGCAAUACGAUCCUCGGGUCAACUCUACCUGACUCAGCCUCUAGAUCGGGAAUCUGUGGACGGCUACGAGCUUCGUGUCGUGGUUACAGACUCGAAGUAUGUCGUCGAGACAACCGUACGCAUUGAAGUCAUCGAUGUUAAUGACAACUAUCCCAAAUGUCAAAAAUCGAACAUAGAAGUGGAUGUGGCGGAGAAUAUAGUGCCAGGGUCGACAGUACUGACCGUAAUUGCUGAAGACCCAGAUCUGGAUCCUCAGUUAACAUAUUAUCUGACGGGUGCAUACGCCUCACAUUUUUAUUUUAACCAAGUAACUGGAGAGUUGAAAACAGCGCUUCCAUUAGAUCGUGAAACAGUUGGUACGUACAGUCUGGUUGCACAUGUACAAGACCGCGAGAGUCCUAGCUGGGAGUGUACCGCUCUGCUGACAAUUAUGUUGAAUGACGUCAAUGACAACCCUCCCACGUUUCCUACACGAAACUAUACCGCAGCCAUCCCCGAGGAUUAUCCAGUCGGCAGCUUCGUUACCAUUUUACACGCCAUUGACGCUGACUUAGGGAUAAACAGGAAAAUUCGCUACUCAAUUCCUAGUACAGACGAAGAAUACUUUACUAUUGACCCAGCGAGUGGUUUAGUGCUGAUCGCUCGUCCUCUUGACAAAGGACUAAAGGCCAAGUAUUCCUUGACCGUUGAAGCCUCAGACUUGGGAGAUCCACCACUGUCCUCCCUCGCCCAUCUCCAAAUAUUGGUAGUUGAUGUCAACGACAACCCUCCAGAGUUCAGCUCACGAUCCUACCACGCUCUCGUGUCUGAGGAUGCUCCGGUCGGUACCGAGGUGACGAGAGUGUCUGCCACCUACCUGGAGGACGGCGUUCAGAUGGCGGUAGUCUACUCCAUAAUAGCUGGGAAUGAGUUUGGGAAGUUCCUUAUUGAACCGGGCACCGACCGUAUCCGCGUGGCCGAGACUCUGGACUACGAGGAAGCUCGGCAAUACCUUCUGACUGUGCUGGCGACAGACGCAGGCGAACACCCUCUCAGCACACACACCACCGUCAACAUUACUGUGGUAGACUGCAACGACAACGCGCCUCAGUUCAGCCAGCCAUCGUAUAGCGCUGACAUAAGCGAAUUGGCUAUUGUGGGCGCUACAGUUAUACAGAUAUCUGCUCUGGAUGCAGAUAGUGGCAAGAACGGGUUAGUCAGGUACAGCCUGGUGGGUGACAAGUCAAAGGAGUUUCUUGUAGACUCUCACACAGGGGUUGUGAAACUCAUGGCAUCCUUGGAUAGAGAGAAGGUGAACAGUUAUGUGUUGAGACUGCAAGCAAGGGAUUCUGGACAGCCAACGUUGUCGAGUGUGGCCGUAGUUCAUGUGUCUGUCACAGAUGCUAAUGACAAUCCACCAAUGUUUGUCCAGCCAAAUAUGACAGCCAUUCUACAGGAAGACAAGCCAGCUGGUUGGGCAGUCAGCCAACUAGUUGUAACAGAUGCUGAUAUUUUCCCAAACGCCGCCCCCUUCAUAUUCGAGAUACUAUACGACGACUCGGGAGGAAAGUUCCGCAUCGACUCCAAAGGAGUUCUCCAAACACUAACUCAAUUUAGCCUGCAAUCAAAGGACACGUUCCACCUCCAAGUUAGAGUUUACGACAACGGCUCGCCACCCUUGUACUCUGACUCUUGGAUUACAAUCAAGAUCAUAGAAGAGUCCAAGUACUCACCUGAAGUGAAACCUCUAUACGUGACGGUUGUAUCAUAUGAGGACCGUUGGGCAGGAGGAGAGUUAGGUCAGAUUAUUGCCUCAGACCGAGAUCCGUACGAUGUCCUCAGUUAUGAGCUGCUGCCGUCAUCUUCGCUCUUCUCCAUCGAUCCCCAAUUGGGCAUCAUCGAGGCGUCUUCCGGUCUGGACGCGGGUCGCUACACUCUGAACGUUUCCGUGAGCGACGGCAAGCUCAAUCGUCAGGUUCAAGUGAACGUCUCCGUCCUGCCACUGUGGGAGGAAAACCUACAGCAUGCAGUCAGUCUAAGGUUGAUUGGAAUAUCAUCGGAGAACUUUCUGUUAAACGAAAUACAAAUCUUGAAGAAGACCAUAGAAAAUAUUCUGUUCAGAAAUGUUUCAAUUGUGUCCGUUCAGAAGACUACUGCCAAAUAUCUAGAUGUUCUUCUCAUUGUGAUGGGGGGCAUUGACUUGGCAACCGUAGAGGAAAUCCUUCAAUCUGUAGGUUUGAAGACUGCAGCACCUCCCUGCAAAUGUCAGAACGGCGCCAAGUGUCGCCAGAGAGUACAGGUGGAGGCAAGCAAGCAAACUAGAAUAGUCACCAACUCCUCAGUGUUCAUUGCGCCUGCGUAUUCAGCCACAGUUUAUUGCGCUUGUGCCUUAGGAUUCACAGGUGACCUCUGCGAGGACAACCUGCACGUCUCAGACUGUGUAUGCUCCGGACCCCAGACAUGUCACAACCCACCGUGUGUGGCGCCAUCUUGCUCUAACAACCACUCGUGUUUUCCGCCCAACAUGUCCACUAGUCAGCCCAUUACCUCUGAGGAAUUAAUUGGGAUCGCGGCCACUGCCAUUGCCGUUACCUUCGCUGUGGCACUCUUCGUUAUUUACAGGAGAUGUUACGGGCAGCUGAACGAGGCCAAACAAGGGAGAGGCCACAUCAAACAACCUGGGGCCCUAGACAAGCUCGACAUCACACAGAUCUCUGGGUCGUAUUGUCAGCAGGACAUUUUGGCUGGAAUUUCCCUUAACAGCCUUCCUCGCUCCCGUGCACAGAGUAACAUUACUCUCGACGUCAUUGCAGGAGAGGAGCAAGCCGUCACGACAACUUCGCUUCAGCGAGACGACGAUGUAGAGAGCUACGGCUUCCCGAGCCAUCGACAUCCCACAAUACCUGACCUGCAGACCUUCCAAGUGUCAUAGCGCUCAACCUUGCUCUCUGUGACUGCUCAUUUGGCUCAAAUUUAUUACCUGAUGAAGCCUCAAAGAGCACAUUGUAAUUAUUUAUACCACUUAAAAUCUUUUAUUAAAAUAUUGUUUUGGUAUUUUUUGAUAUUAUUAAAGUCAUAAAGAAUAUUACUUUAGUAUGCUGGCCAAUCUUUUAUACACAAACAUCAUAAUUUUAUAUUGUAACAUCUAUAACAUUAUGCAUAUUAAAAGGUUAUAAUUUAUUCAAUAUAUUUUUAAAAUGUGACAUUGUUAUCAACUUCUGCGGAUAGAAGUAUUACAUUGUGGUAUUUAAACAUUAUAUUUUUGCGCAAUGUAUGUAAAACUCAAGAAGAAAUAUCAACUUCUAUAAAUGCAGUAUAAUAUAAAUUAUAAUUUAAUGUAUAUUAGUUAUUAAAGAUAUUUUGUUUCAUGUGUAGUCAGCUUUAUUGAUUUCAAGCAGCGACUUAUAAUGAGUUAAAAUUAGUUUAACCUUUGAAUUGUGUUUAAUUUUAUUUACUAAACUAUUGCUACGUUGUGGUUUAUACAGAUUUUAUACAAUGUUGUAUAUGAGAAAUGAUAUGCAGUACCUCUAAGCGAAUUAUUUUUGUAUUGAUGUAAAUACGAAAACCUAUGAGAUUUGUAAAAUAAACUUUCGUA